AUGUGGUGCCCCGGGGCAGGCGCCGAGGAGAAGGUGCUGCCCGCUCUCUCGCAGCAACUGAAGCAGCAGCGGGACAAGCUGAGGCUGUACCAGAAGGGGGUCGCUCGGCAGCUGGAGCGGGAGCGGGAGAUCGCCCGGCAGCUCCUGCGGGACGGGAGGAAGGAACGGGCCAAGCUACUGCUCAGGAAGAAGCGGUACCGGGAGCAGCUUCUGGACAAGACGGAAAACCAAAUCACCAGCCUGGAGACGAUGGUCCAGAGCAUUGAGUUCACCCAAAUUGAAAUGAAGGUAGUCGAAGGGCUGCAGAUUGGAAAUGAGUGUCUGAAAAAGAUGCACCAGGUGAUGUCCAUAGAAGAAGUGGAGCGGAUACUGGAGGAGACCCAGGAGGCUGUGGAGUACCAGCGGCAAAUAGAUGAGCUGUUGGCAGGAAGCUUCACUCAGGAGGAUGAAGAUGCCAUCCUGGAGGAGCUGAAUGCAAUCACUGAGGAGCAGAUAGAGCUCCCAGAGGUUCCUGCAGAGCCCCUUCCCGAAAAGAAACCAGAAAAAGUCCCCAGCGAGGCCAGGCCCAAGCAGGUGGAGCUGGUGGCAGCUUCGUAACUUGGCCUCCACUCGUGGGACUGGCGGGGACUCCCCGGCGACUGGGGCCCACAGAGUUUGGGUGCGUGGCCAGCCCUGACCCGGCUCCCAGGGGGCCGGUGCCAGGCCAGGCCGGUCAGGUGCUGACGGAGCAGCGUGGCACACACAGGGCUUGAUACCAGGAUGACUAUGGAGCGUUUCCCUGGCGCUGCUGUCUUGCUUUCAUUUCUGGAUUAGAUGGCAACAUUCAGACCCUCUGGCCAAACACAGCUUCUGACGCCAUGGUUCCCACGCGGCCACAGGCAGGCCCGACGCUCCUGGUGCUGGCCACACUCCUGUCCCUGGCCCCGCGAGGCUCCACAGGCCACCUUCUCCGCAGCUUGCUCUCCUUUGGAGGGCGCGUCGAAGCUAGCUUCUUGCCUGCCCUUUCCUCACUUCUCCCUGCUGCUCCCGUCAGCUGGCGGGCGGCUUCAGUUAGGGAGUCCCUGCCUUGGCCUGGCUUCCUGACCUGCCCAGUUUCCAUGUUGGCUCAGGGCUGGAAACCUCUCUUCUGCGUCGGUGUUCAGGGGUGUCGGGCCGUGCGGGUGGACACACCCUUGCUGGCUUGGUGACUGCAGGAGCCCCAACCAGUGCUUGUCACCAGCGGGAGCUCGGCCCCGCUACAAAGGGACGUUCCCGCAGAUCCAGCGGUCUCCCUGGGGUUCCCGGAGGUGCUGACGGGGGCUGCUCGGCACGUGCGACACCUGUUGCCUGGGAACCGGCCUGGCCCCUGGAGCUCUCCGACCCACCGUCUCUGAGCUGUCGGCUGCCGGGCGGAAGCUGUUGGGGGUGGUCGCGGCUUUUGAGUUGACGGUUCAUUUUGGUAUUAGACAAUCCCGAUGACAUCACCCUCCCAGCAAGAACAGAAAGAGGACCUCCCAGCCCCCCAACAGGUCAGCCCCAUAUUAAAGUUGAUGCCUGCAUGGU